CCUCACGCUCAGUACCCGCGCCCCGCAGUGGCGGCGCAGGACGCACGGCCUCAGCCAGAGCCCGGGAAGCGCUCGGGCGAAGAGGAGGAGCCAAGGGUACCCAGCGGGUGGAGUCGGGAGCCGGAGAGCUGUGGAGGCGGAUUUCCUGGACCCGGCCCUCUGGCGAUACCAUGGCGUUUGGCAAGAGUCACCGGGAUCCCUACGCGACCUCCGUGGGCCACCUCAUAGAAAAGGCUACAUUUGCUGGAGUUCAGACUGAAGAUUGGGGCCAGUUCAUGAACAUCUGUGACAUAAUUAACACCACGCAGGAUGGGCCAAAAGAUGCAGUGAAAGCCUUGAAGAAAAGGAUUUCCAAAAACUACAAUCAUAAAGAAAUUCAACUUACCUUGUCACUUAUUGACAUGUGCGUGCAGAACUGUGGUCCAAGUUUCCAGUCUCUGAUUGUGAAGAAGGAAUUUGUUAAAGAGAAUUUAGUUAAGCUGCUGAAUCCCAGAUACACCUUGCCAUUAGACAUUCAGAAUAGAAUCUUGAAUUUCAUUAAGACUUGGUCACAGGGUUUCCCAGGAGGUGUGGAUGUAAGUGAAGUGAAGGAAGUAUACCUCGACCUGCUUAAAAAAGGUGUUCAGUUUCCUCCCUCAGAAGCAGAGGCUGAAACAGCAAGACAGGAGACUGCUCAACUCUCAUCAAAUCCACCAACAUCUGUCCCUACUGCACCAGCUCUUUCUUCUGUAAUUGCUCCGAAGAACUCGACUAUUACAUUGGUCCCAGAACAGAUUGGAAAAUUGCACAGUGAAUUGGAUAUGGUGAAAAUGAAUGUGCGAGUGAUGUCCGCCAUAUUGAUGGAGAAUACUCCUGGGUCUGAAAACCAUGAAGACAUAGAGCUUCUGCAGAAACUCUAUAAAACAGGUCGGGAGAUGCAGGAGAGAAUCAUGGACCUGCUAGUGGUGGUGGAGAAUGAAGACGUAACUGUUGAGCUAAUUCAGGUGAAUGAGGAUUUGAAUAACGCCAUCCUUGGAUAUGAGAGGUUUACUAGAAACCAACAAAGGAUUCUGGAGCAAAAUAAGAACCAGAAGGAAGCCACCAAUACUACAAGUGAGCCUUCUGCCCCAUCUCAAGAUCUCCUUGACCUAAGUCCCAGUCCCCGGAUGUCUAGGGCCAGUCUGGGAGAACUCAACACCAUGAAUGAUCAACUUUCAGACUUAAAUUUCAGCUCUCCAAGUUCUGAUGUAACAAACAACUUAAAACCCAGUCUUCAUCCACAGAUGGACUUGCUAGCCUUGGAAAAUACAGAAAUAACCUUGUUUCCCCAAAGGACCAGCCAAAACCUCACCUCAAGCCACAAGUAUGAUAACUUUCUGGAACAUUCAAAUUCAGUGUUUCUACAGCCGGUUAGUCUACAAACCAUUGCAGCAGCACCAUCAAACCAGAGGCUGCCAUCUUUGCCCAGCAAUCAUCCAGCGAUGACAAAGAGUGAUCUCCAGCCACCUAAUUACUACGAGGUAAUGGAGUUUGAUCCCUUGGCUCCUGCUGUCACUACAGAAGCUAUUUAUGAAGAAAUUGACGCUCACCAGGACAAAGGAGCUCAAAAUCAUGUUGACUGAGAAGAAAGAGGAUGAUCACCUCACUAGCCACAUCAAAGGUGCCAACUCUCUAAUGAGUAGACUCUGUGCAGCUUUGAGGCCUGGAAGACAAUACCUACCUACCAACAUGUCAAAGCUACGGUGGAACAUUUCUGCUAUUAUGAAGAUUAAACAGAAGAAUAACAGUUCCAGGAUAACAGUGAUUCCUGACAACAGCGUGAGAUUUCAACAGAACUUGUUUGGAACAAAUACUCAACUUAAAACUUUAGCAGAAAAAUAAUUACUUAGUCCUUAGGCCAACCAAUUUAACUGCAGUGUCAUGUGUUUCACAGGCCUUCCUACAUUUACAAAUCAUCACACAGCUGUGUAUAAGAGAUUAUCUUACUAUAAAAUAAUUCUGAAUAGAUGAAAGAAUAAAAUGAAAGAAACUGAAAGUAUUAUUCUGGAAGAAUAAAUACUGAGUGCCUUCAUUUAACUAAAGUUGAAUGUAAAAGUCAAUUUGCACUUCUUUAUAAAUAAUCUUCUGGUUUAGAAUUAUAAAUUGUUAAAGCCUUGAUGAUUGUCAUUUAAUUAUAUUUUAGGUGUCCUGAAGAGGUCACUAGACUCUGCAUUGGGUGGCCUUUUUGAUUCUUUGUAAUGCUAAAUAGUAUUUUCUCUCUUUUUACUAUAACUUAACAUUUCUAUUUGGAACACAGACAACUGGAAAAUAUUCAGAAUAAGUUUUACAUUUGAUGAAAAAUAAAUCACUAUUAAAAUAAUUUAAUACA